UCCAUUACAUAACAUAUUGCAACACACCAUUAGUACCACCAUUACCAUUUGCCUUAGCCAUUUUCAUGUCCAAAAAGUUUAUGCUUUCUCAUAAAGCAAUAUUGUUCAUUUCCCACACAUAAAAACAGCUAUGCAUCUCACUCAACUCUGCAUCAUUCUACCUUCAGAUGCUGAUGAUGAAAUAAAGCAACUUGAUAAGGGGGUGAAACUAGUUAAGGCCAAAAAACAGCCUAAAGGGUCUUGUGGGUGUCAAUUUGUUGCAUUUUUUCAUGGUUCUUUGACAAAGUUGUAUGGGAGAGCAAGGAGAACCAAGAAGAGAAACUCUGGUGUGUUGUUUCAUGAUAUUGGUGGUGUUCAACUCAGUGCCAAGAUUGGGAGGGACAAUCCAAGGAUAUACAGCUAUGCUGAGCUUUAUAUAGGAUCAAGGGGUUUCUCUGAGGAUGAAGUUCUUGGCAGUGGAGGGUUUGGUAAAGUGUACAAGGCUGUUUUGCCAAGUGAUGGAACAGUGGUUGCUGUGAAAUGCUGCUUAGCAGGGAAAGGGAAGCAAUUGGACAAGACUUUUGCGGCGGAAUUAGCGGCGGUAGCGCACCUCCGCCACAAGAAUCUGGUUCCAUUGAGGGGUUGGUGUGUUUUCCAAGACCAGCUUUACCUGGUUUAUGAAUACAUGCCUAACCGCAGCCUUGACCGCGUCCUGUUUCGCCGGCCCGAGAAUUUGAAAGAAGAGCCUCUUGGCUGGUUCAGGCGUGUGAAAAUUGUGAAAGGUUUAGCAGCUGCAUUGUACUAUCUGCAUGAGCAAUUGGAAGCUCAAAUCAUUCAUAGAGAUGUGAAAACUAGCAAUGUUAUGCUUGAUUCUCAUUACAAUGCUCGGUUGGGUGAUUUUGGCUUAGCAAGGUGGCUGGAGCAUGAGCUUGAGUAUGAAACAAGGAAAGCACCAACCAAAUUUGACCUUUUCAGGUUGGCUGAGACAACAAGGAUUGGUGGCACAAUUGGUUAUUUACCCCCUGAAAGCUUCCAGAAAAGAAGCAUGGCUACCUCGAAAUCCGAUGUUUUCGGGUUUGGGAUAGUUGUGCUAGAAUUGGUGUCUGGAAGGAGAGCUAUAGAUCUUACCUACCCAGAUGAUCAAAUCAUUUUGCUUGAUUGGGUUAGAAGGCUUUCUGAUGAAGGGAAGCUUGUUGAUGCAGGGGGUACAAGGCUACUAGAUGGUUCCUACAAAAAAAUUGAGAUUAAGCACUAUAUUCACAUAGGUCUCUUAUGCACACUCCAUGACCCACAAUUUAGACCAAGCAUGAAGUGGAUUGUGGAUGCACUUUCUGAAAUGUCAAGCAAAUUGCCAGCACUUCCUUCAUUUUAUUCCCAUCCUAUGUAUAUUUCUCUGUCUUCCUCAUCAGACACUAGUCCAAGCAACACAAAAGGCACAGGCACAGGCACAGAAAGUUCUACCCAUCAUCAUGCUUCUUCCAAAUAUGUCACAGCCUUAGGAGAGACUAUAUAUGAAACUGCUGAAGCUGAACAAAGAAACAGUGGAACAAGCUCUUCUCAGAGUAGGAGCAUACAUCAUCAUCAUCCAUCAUUUCCUGUGGUUGAAACUCCUAGGGAGAUAUCAUACAAGGAGAUUGUUUCAGCCACUGAUAAUUUCUCAGAGUCAAGAAGGGUUGCAGAGCUAGACUUUGGAACUGCCUAUCAUGGCAUCCUUGAUGACCGCCACCAUGUCAUGGUGAAACGCCUUGGCAUGAAGACAUGCCCCGCACUGCGAAAUAGAUUCUCGAAUGAGCUGAGGAAUUUGGCGAGGCUUCGCCACAGGAAUUUGGUGCACCUUAGAGGAUGGUGCACUGAGCAAGGAGAGAUGCUUGUUGUUUAUGAUUACUCGGCAAGACUAAUCCUGAGUAACCAACUUCACCAUCAUAAAAAUGGGAGUAGAAAUGGGGGUUCUGUCCUCAAGUGGCAUCACAGGUACAGCAUAGUGAAGUCACUUGCAUCAGCACUUCUCUAUCUGCAUGAGGAAUGGGAUGAACAAGUCAUUCACAGGAACAUCACUUCUUCAGCAGUUACUCUUGACCCUGAUAUGAACCCAAGGCUAGGUAGUUUUGCUCUAGCUGAAUUUUUGGCAAGAAAUGAGCAUGGUGAUCAUGUAAUCAUUGAUAGGAGCAAAUCAGUUUGUGGUAUUUUUGGCUACAUGUCACCGGAAUAUGUGGAAUCGGGCGAGGCAACAGCUGCUGCUGAUGUUUAUAGUUUUGGUGUGGUGGUGCUUGAAGUUAUCAGUGGACACAUGGCAGUGGAUUUUAGGCAACCAGAGGUACUAUUGGUAAAGAAGGUUCAUGAAUUUGAGAUAAGAAAUAGACCAUUAGAGCAAUUAGCAGAUAUAGGCCUAAAUGGAGAGUACAAUUACAAAGAACUGAUGAGGUUGGCAAGAUUAGGAAUUGCUUGCACUCGUUCUGACCCAAAACUAAGACCAAGCACCAGAGAAAUAGUGAAAAUCCUUGAUGGCAAUGACAAAUUAAUCAUGGGGGAUAACAUGGAGAGCAGGGAAGAAUGGAGACAGAGAAAUGCUAGUUCUAUGUCACUAGUUAAGAGAAUCCAAGCUCUCGGAAUACAGUAAAAAUGUGCAGAAGAAAGUGAAGAAACAAUAUAGUCACUGAUAAUUUGUAACAUAGAGAAAGCUUUUUCUUUGUAUUUUUAUGGUUUAGCAAUUUUCUGCUUAUUGGCUACCCUUGGUUGUAUAUAACAAAGAGAAGGUUAAUAUAUUGGAUAUAUUUCUGCUAAAGCAGGACUCAUUCUAUUCUA